AUGACGAGCACCGGGAGCAUCACUGUUAACCGCUUCGUGGGGUUGCGGUAUGUGACAACCCGCUGGUGGCCUCAUGGCCAACGCCUCCAAACUCGAACCACCAUCUGUACCCCUUCAAUGCCUCCAGUCACUAUUAGCACAGGUGCGACAGAGGUUGAGAGAUGGAUAUGUCACUUGUUCGACGUCGUUUACCAGACAACAAUCAUCGAGCACAACGUUAUCUCAGGUUUCGCCCUCAUUGCGUGGAGUCUAAAACCGAAAGUUCCCUUCUAUAUCAUUUGGUGGGUGCUUUGGGGUGUCCCAGAAGCCAUCUUCAAAGGGUUCUUGCGCUGCCUGGGGUUUGGAGAAGACGGUGUUGAAAGAGACAGCUUCGCUUCCCGGUACCAAUCGAGACAUUACGGAGGCUAUGUCCCAGAAGAUAGUCUCUUCGCUUUCAACCAGUCCUACGGCGCAGUUGGGUACGCCGAGAUCUCUGAUGAGGUGGAUGACGACAGCUCCAACCACCACCAUCUCACCAUCUACCCACUGGACGGUCGCCCUGACCAUCUUCAACUCUUUGAAUCACAUGUUGCGAUGCCACUCAAGAAUGAACCUGAACUCGAUGAACUUCAACUAUGGGUUGAUCAAACCUUUGAAGUUGCUGAAGCUGCAAUCGUUCGACAUAACGUGCUCUCAGGAAUUGCUCUCAUUCUGUGGUCGUACUAUCCCAAAGUACCGUUUAGAGUGGCUAGAUCGGUUUUGUGGACCCUUCCGACGGGUGUCCUCAAGUUCUUCGUGUGGAGCCUGCCAAAGGGCAUUCUCGGGUGUUUCUUACGGUGCCUGGGUUUCGGGAGACGCGGGGUAGGAAGAGACAGCUUUGCCUCCAGGUACCAGUCUAUGCACUACCGAGGGUAUACACCCCAAGACAGUCAUUUCGCUACCUAUCAAUCCUACGGUGCUCGAGGUGGUUAUGACUAUCCAUACGAUCACUAUGAACACUACGAUCACUAUGAACACCAUGACAAAUCCGACGGAAUCUCGUGGGCCCUUUUCUCCUGGGGGUUGUUUAUGUCCGGUGCUCGACUCGCUUUGGUGGGUCCUUCAAGCAACCACUAG